CAUCGCCGUGUUGCACGUUAGUGUAAAUAAACUGCAGUUGAGAGCAGCCGAAAUGACCAUAGAUAUAUGUGAAUGUUGAUUUUGACCUGCUCGUUAUGAACUUUUGGAUGUACUUGUGUGGACGGAGUAAAAGAUUUUUUUCAAGAUGAAUGUGAAUUUGACCUGUGGAAGUCUGUUUAUUUAGGAACUUUACACGUACUCGUAUGAGGUCCAACGACGGAACUGUUCCUACUGCAGCGGUUUUUGCGUCGCUCUCAGCGUUUACGAUAUUGAAAAACGAUCUUUUCAGCCCCACAAUGGGGAGAAAACAGCAAAAAUACUCACGCGCUAGUCGCACAACGAUAAUCUUCAACAGUGAUGCGCACCAAUUCUCCAACAGCGGAGAGUCUCGACGAGAAAGCCUUCAUUAUGCAGCAACAGUCCAAAACUGUGGUCAAGAAUGCCGAAACUCAGAACUCAAACAAACAAUUGUUAAUCUACAACACCAACGUCCUCGUUGUUUUAUUACCCACAAGGGACUAAAUUUUACAAUACAAAACAUAAAAGCUGGAAAAUAAAAAUAUAAAAAAUAAAUCGGGCAAGGAAGAAAAAAGAAAAGAAAUGAAAUGACGAAUUAUGAAUAAUGAUAAAAUGAGGUGCAAUGCCCAUUCGAUCCCCGAAGUGGAGUGGUUACAUUUAGACAUGAUUUUGACAGUUUUUUCCUAUUUUCGUUUCAUUUUGUUUUAGCAAAAUGCUCACAUUUUC